GUCUCUCGUCUGCCUAAGCAAGAAGGACUUACGUAGGGGCUCUUGUGUAGUAUGAAACCCUAAUAUAGUCGGUGGGUACCCGAGACCCAUGAAAGGUUGAUAGUUGUUAUGAUACUUCCAAAAACGACCCAGCAAAGUACCAGUCCAUGACAAAACAGAAAUAGUAUUCCUUGCAAACAACAGUCACUUGUUUUUCUCUGGGCGCUAUAAUUCUCUAGAUCUAGAACACAGCCUGGCACUACUCUAGGCUGCUUCCAGUUGAGCUAUACAAGUUAGCUCGGGUUUGUUCCAGGGGUCUUCUUUCCUUCAGCUUACCCGCCGGUAUACCUGGAAGAAUCUUGGACUUUUACUUUUCUCUUGCUCUAUGUUUGCAAUUAUUCCCCUUUUAGGCAGUCCAGUUUUUACAGCAGUAUACCAAACGACAGGAUGGGAAGCGUCGAGAUUACAGAAUCAAAGUGCGAUGUGUUGAUCAUUGGGGCCGGGCCAGCAGGCCUCAUGAUGGCGGCGUGGAUGGCCAGGUGUGGUAUCGAUGCCCGCAUCAUCGACAAGCGCGGCACCAAGAUAUACGCCGGGCAGGCAGACGGGUUGCAGCUACGCAGCCUCGAGAUCUUUGACAGCUUCGGCUUUGCGGAUCGCGCGUGGAAGGAGGCUAAUCAUAUGCUCGAGAUUUGUAUGUGGAACCCAGACUCGACCGGUCGAAUACAACGCUCGGCGCGCAUCCCCGACACCACCCCGGGCCAAUCGCGCUUCAAACAGAUCGUAGUGCACCAGGGCCGCGUCGAGCGCUGGUUCCUCGACCACAUACGCAAGCACUCGGGGGACCGGCUGAGGGUCGAGCGUGGCGUGCUCCCCGAGUCGCUGGUGAUCGACGACGACGCCUGCGACGACCACUCGGCCAACUCGCACCCCGUGGCCGUCACGUUGCGGUACUUGUCGGAUGAAGAGGCCACUCCGGCGCAGCAACAGGGAGAUGGACUACCUGCGGAUGGCUUGUUUCGGAGUAACCUGGCCGAGGACGACACGGAUGACUUGAUUGCAAGGGCGAGAGACCGCAAGUCCGGGAGGGAGGUGGUGCGUGCUAGGUAUGUGGUCGGGUGUGAUGGGGCUCAUAGUUGGACUAGGAGGCAGCUGGGGUAUGAGCUGUAUGGAGAGCCUACGGAUUUCAUAUGGGGCGUGUUGGACAUAAUCCCCAUCACCGACUUUCCCGACAUCCGCAUGCGCUGCGCGGUCCACAGCGCCGACGCCGGUUCGAUGAUGGUGAUACCGCGCGAGAACAAGCUGGUGCGGCUGUACAUCCAGCUCAACGAGAUCAAGCCCGACGCCAAUGGGCGGGCGGACCGGACAAAGAUCACCCCCGCGACCAUCCUCCGCGCGGCGCAAAACAUCAUCAAGCCCUACACGCUCACCUACAAGCACUGCUCAUGGUGGACGGCGUACCAGAUCGGCCAGCGGCUGGGCGGCGAUUUCGACUACCGAGACCGCGUCUUCCUGGCCGGCGACGCCGUCCACACCCACUCACCCAAGGCCGGCCAGGGCAUGAACGUCUCCAUGCAGGACUCGUACAACCUGGGGUGGAAGCUGGCGCUGGUGGCCAAGGGGUUGGCGCGGCCCGAGAUAUUACGGACGUAUCACGCCGAGCGCCGCCGCGUCGCCGAGGAGCUCAUCGAGUUCGACCACAAGUUCUCGCGGCUAUUCUCGGGCCGGCCGGCCAAGGACGUCCUGGACGCCGAGGGGGUCAGCAUGGCCGAGUUCCAGGCCGUGUUUGAAAAGGGGAACCUGUUCGCGUCGGGCCUGUCGGUCGACUACGCCGACAGCAUGCUCGUCGCCAAGAAGGGGCCCGGCGCGGCCAGACAGGACCUGGCGACCGGGGUACGGCUGGGCAUGAGGUUCCCAUCGUUCCGGGUGCUGAACCAGGCCGACGGCCGGUCGUGGCACCUGCAGGAGCGGCUGAAGAGCGACGGCCGUUUCAGGCUGGUGGUGUUUGCGGGCAACGUGCACUCGCCGGCGCAAAAGGCCCGGCUCGAGGGUUUCUGCGACCGCCUGGCGUCUUCUGCCUUCCUCGAACCGUAUCUGUACCGCCACGUCGACGUGCUGACGUGCCACUCGGCGAGGCGGGUCGAGACGGAGCUGCUGCGGGACUUCCCUGCUGUGCUGCACCCGUUCGACGAGAAAAAGGGGUGGGACUAUGACAGCAUCUACGUCGACGACCAAAACUACCACGACCCGUACGGGGAUGCGUAUGCCAACUACGGGGUCGAUAGGGAGGUUGGGUGCGUGGUGGUUUGUAGGCCUGAUCAGUAUGUUGGGUUUGUUGGGAGGCUUGACGGCGAGAGUUGGGAGGACGUCGAGACCUAUUUCAAGAGAUUUUUGAUGUAAAUUUCAGGGCGAAUCAAAAGGAAGACACCGUGGGAUCCGUAUAAUUGAGCCGGCAAUGGGGGAUAAUCGGAUUUCUGAAUGCUAACCCCAAUAUACCUAAAGAACCAUCUUUUUUUGCUAAGCAUGUCCACACUUGUGACCCCUUGCCGUGCCGACCCUCAUCCCCACAACCUACUCGGCGCUGUCGCAGGUUGCUUCUCUUUGGGAGCCCUUGGAGUUUGGUGGCACUGCCUAUCGAGGGGAAGAGGCUUGCUGAAGUCCGAUUGAGCGGCACAUGCGAUCGCUCCAGACAAGUCAACGCAACGUCGAUUCCGUCCCGUCCCGAGGCGAUCGCUUAAUAGCACUGUCCGCACAAUAAACACGUUGGAUGCCUCGGGCAUCCUCCUGCACUCUUGUUUUUUUUUUCUUUUCUUUCGUUGGACCCGGAAAUUUUUUAAAAGCAAACCUCCAAAUGACCCAAUGACCAAAAU